AGUCAGUAUUCAGUAAUCACUAAUCAGUAUGUAUGUGCCUAGCCUAUAGAGAUAGAGGUUAUAAAUUGAAGAAUAAGUUACUGAAUUGUUUAAUUUUGCUGUUCGUUCUGAUUCAGGUGCUUUCUUGAAAGUUUAUUUUUUGUGCUCUCAAGUCUUUAGCGUAAAAUGGAUUUACUGGGAUCAAUUCUAAAUUCCAUGGAUAAACCACCUUCUGUCAGUGAGAAGCAAAAGUCUUUAAUGAAAAAGCAAAGAGAUGAAAUGCUGAAGAAACAGAAAGCUGAAAAAGAAAAAUUAAAGAAGUUUAGAGAAGAGAUGGAUAAGAAGAUAAAUGUGUUCCUUCAAGAUGAUAAAGAAACCCGUUUGCGGUUUACACCCAUGGACCAGGUUUAUCGUGGAAUCAUUCACGAUGUCGCUGAAGUUGCCGGUUUGAUGGCUCAGUCUUUUGGAGAGGAAGGAGUUGACCGAUACAUUAUUCUGUUUAAAAAAGAAUUCCCUCCCUCUGAAGAUGAAAUAACCACUCUUAGAAAUGGGGAGGAGUGGAACGAAGAAAAGGCCAAAGAAAUAGUUAUGAAGCGUGAACUAGAAAAUAAACUCAAAGCUGAAGAGGCAUCAAGGAAGCCAGAAAAGUUUGUUCCUAACUCAAAUUACAAGGAAAAGUACCAACAUCUCAUAGGACUAGAUGCUGCAUUGGAGGCUGCAAAGAAAACAGAAACAAACAAGCAAUAUGGAUUUGUUCCUAGUGAAAAUAAAAAGGACCAGAGGUCAAUAGAACAAACUCUAGCGGACUUGCAAGCAAAAAAGCGAAUGAAGUUAAGCCACCAGACAGAAACUACUUCAUCCUCACAAUGACAAAUAGGUUGUAUAAAUCUUUUGACUGAAUGUAUUUAUUUGUGAACAAAUUAAACUUAAUUUUAUUGUUAUUA